AGCCAGUUGAGCGGCUGGAGAGAAGAGCGAGAGGGGCUGAACGGUUCGGCGGCGGAACAUCAGCGAUCGCUGGCGUGAACAUGGCGGAGACCGUACGUUCGCUCUUCGACUACCGGGAGACACACAGCCUGGACAGCAACGGAGAAGGCGUCAAACCGGCACCGCCACUGCGAGGGCGCGGCUGUGGAAGGAAAAGGAAAGGGACACCCGUGAAAGUCUUUGUUACACACACUGAGGAGGAGAGCGUGCCUGAACACAGCUUCAACCCAGGUGAUCGUAAGGAAGCAGCAGAAAAUAAACGGCCCACACUGGAUGGGCCUUUCUACAACACAGAGCCUGCUCCUCACCACUGCGGUCCAUCAGAGCAGGCUCAUGGCAAAGUCUCCUCCGGAUCCAAGACCAGCUCCUGCUCGGCCUCCACACCAGCUCCAGCUCCUGCUGCUUCCUCGGCUCCAACCCCAACCCCAACACCAGUCCCUGCUCCUGCCCCGGCCACUGUGACUUCAGCUCAGGCCCCGUCUCUGACCCCUGCUUCCACAGCUCCGACUGCCCCAACAGCCUCUGUUCCAGCCCCAGCAGCCAGUUCCUUCCCUCCCUCCCCUAACUGCCGCAUCCGAGAGGUCCACUGUGGCAGCCAGGUGCGGUUGGUUGUUAUCGCAAUCCGAGACAUCACCAAGGGGGAGGAGAUCACUGUGGACUACAGCCUGACAGAGUGGGGAGAGAACCUGGGUUUCCGUGGUACUGUGUCUCCAGUGCAGCACGAGUGUAACUCUGACACAGAGAAUAACAACAAUAUCAAAAAGGAGGAUGAGCCUCUCUCUCUGACAGCCCAGCAGCAGCAGCAACAACAGCUGCAGCAGCAGGAGUACGUCACCCCCUCUUGGUCCCUCUCCCCAUCUUCCUCCCCCAUCUCCCACUCUGACGCCAGUGACUCAGACGCCGGAGAUGAGGACAACGCCAGCCCCCGCGGUCGCGCACUACGCCGCCGCAAGAAACGGCGUGGCACUCCUUCAAAGAAAAAGACCCCCCAUCGAACCCCACCCGGGCGGCUGCCGCUGGUCUCCCCCACCAGCGUUCCUCAUCACAACCGUCCGCUUCCUUUAUCCCACCCUCCGGCGCAGUCCUCCCCUCCCUGCUCGUCUUCCUCCUCGUCCUCCUCUUCAGCUAAGCCUGUGUUCAAAGCUCCGGCUCUACUGGGCUCCAACACCACAAGCAACGUCAACAUAACUGUCCCCAAAGGAGGAGUGUCCAUUGACUCCAUGCGCCAAACCUGCGAGUACUGUGGACGCCACUUUCGCUCCCUGGGCCGCCACUUAGAUAAACACCAUGCCCACCAACCAGAAGUUUGCUCUGCCCUGGUGGAGCGCUACACACAGAUGCCCCGCCUGCAUGCACAGAACACAAACCCUACCACAGCUCACACACACACUCAGCAGCACUCAAAGUCGCCACAAGCCACGGGACAGAGCCGCAGUUCAGAUCUUCCACAGAGUGGCGUCCAGGACCUCUCCAUGUCCCCGCCCACUCUCACAGCAGCCAACCAAUCCCAUGCCUCCUCUGGAAGAAACUCCACCCCACCUGUAUUGACUCCUCCACGAGGACAGAGCGCAGUGCCUGUGUCUGUUUUAAAGAGAAGCCCACCGCCUGUGGCUGUGAUGCAGUCCAGGAAGGGAGCGAUGAGGAGGCUGAAGAAAGAAAGACAGGACGAGGAGGAAGAGGAUGAGGAGGACGAAGAUGAAGAAGAUGUGGAGGUCGUGGAGGUAAAGAGGCUCAAAGAAGAGGAGGAUGUUGAGGUGGUGUGCCCUCAGUCCUUCAGCAGCAAGCCAGCCAAAGAGAUGGAGCCACCAAAAGAAGAGGAAGAUGAGGAGGAUGAGGAGGAGGAGGAGGAGAAUGGAGUGAUGGAGGUGGAAGAUGACAGCGGGACAGAGGAUAAGGAAAAGGACUUGCUGAGUAGUUCGGGGCGUCACCACUUGCUGCCCCUCCUCUCGUCCUUGUCCUCUCUGGUGCUGUACCUUCGUCGGCUGCAGCACUCAGCCUUCUUGUCCCUGUCUCGGCAGCUACAGUCAGCUGAGGCCUGGCGCCUUCUUUGCCACUCCAGCCUGGCUCUCCUCAUCCUGUACAACCGACGACGUGAGUGUGAGGUCUCCAAGCUCUCCAUCGCUGAAUAUCGUGCUCGCGUCACUCCCCAGUGUCCCGUUCCUGUCCCCCCUGGUGCCCCUCCAGCUCUCACCCCAUUGGAGGCCUCCCUGUCCCCCUUUGAGCGCCUGGUGCUUCCUCAUCUCCCUAGAGUUGGGGUCCAGGGUAAACGUGGACGAGUCCAGCCCCUCAUCCUCCCCCCUCACUGCGAGCCCUGCCUGGAGCUCCUCCUGCAGACACGGCAGGAUGUGGGAGUUGACCCCGCAAACCCGUAUGUUUUCGCCAGGCCCUACCACUCCCCCGCCACACCCCUGCGAGGUACUGACCUCCUCCGCAGCCUGGCCCGCUCAAGCGGUACCCGCAAUCCCCGUGCCCUGACCCAGACCAGGGUUCGCCGGCAGGUAGCUAUACUGACCCAGCUGCUGCUACUGGGAGAAGGAGAGGAGCCCGGGCAGCCUGGAGGCAGCGCUGUGGAGAGGCUGGAGCACUUCCUGGAGAGGGAGUACCAUGUGACACAGAACUGUGCUGGCAUUGGCCAAGACCCAGGCCUGAUGGGCAGGGUGGGCCGAGUCGUGCUUUGUGGAGAGAGAGAUGGAGUGCUGUUCAGAGGAAUGAGCCUGAACCACAUCUGCCUGGAACUGGACGUUAUGUCAGGAAACUCUGCAGACUCGUACUCAGAGGGAGAGUCUGAAGGGGAGCAGGUGAAGGAGAAGCCGGAGGUGCCCACCCCUGCUCCUGCUUCGAAUCCUACACCUACCCUGCUGUAUGUCAGGAAGGGCAAGAACAAUGGCCGGGUGGGACGACCCAAGAAGCUCAAGAACACCCAGCCACCCCCCCCACCUCCUCCACCCCCACCUCCACCCGCAAACCGCAGGAGAGGCUCAGGUCAGCCCAAAUCAGGAAAGCGAGGCGUCCUGAAACGUCCCUGGUCGGAGGCUGAGCGUGCGGCAGUCGAGGAGCACCUGACCCGAAACAUCACUGAGCUCCGAGUCCCCGCAAAGGCUGACUGUGAGCGCUGCCUGCAGCAGUGCCCCCUGCUGGUCAGCAACCACCGCGACUGGCGAGCCAUCAAGUUCUACUGCCACAACCGCAUUCAGCUGCUGAAGAAAAACCAGCGGCGUGAAAGUGAGCCCCAGCCCCUCACUGUCUGCUGAGAGGGGGAAGUGUAUGGGGGAGGGAGGCGGGAUGUCUGGUGUGGUGCAGCUGAUCAGAGUAGAUUCUCAAAUGGUACCCUGCUGCCCAGGAAAUGCACUAAUUUUGAGAGGACGGUCCUAAAUUUCACUCUACUCUUCUGGUAGUGUGGUUUGUAUGUGACAUGUUUUCUAAUUUGAGACCUGAUGGCAUUUUUAUUUUGAGCCAUACAAGAACAGAAAUUUGAAUUAACUUUUUUCGCUGCUCUACUUUAAGGUCUUAAAAAAAUUACACUAGAGUCUUUAUGGUGCUCCUGAUUUGAGGGUUAAAGUGCAAGUCUUGUCAAAAGCAGUGCACUUGGACAGGUGCCGUUUGAGACAUCCCUUGUGGGGACUUCAGAGACCAUGGCACUGGCCACAGCCUGUGUUGUGUUGUAUAUGGACAUUUUUUUCUCCUUCCAAAUGGAUACACUAAACUGAAAUGUAAACAAGGAGGCAAUUGAGCCCUACAGUGUUGUUACAUAAACGUCGUGCAGUAGCAUUAGUGUUUUAUGCACUUGGAGACGUUAAUAGGACAAAUGGCCUGUGCUUGGGCCGCACUUUUCUUAAUAGUGGCUAUAUAAUUAGAGUAGGCCUAACUACUGCUAACCUAGAAGAAUAGCCAGAUCUUUAUUCAAACAAGCUAGUUCUUCUUUUCAUACAGCUGACUGUGCAAUCCUGACUAUGGUUUCAUUAUAUUUGGACCUUAAUUUACAUGUAAGGUACUAGGUGAUGAAUGAGUUACUCUUACAGUUACUAUGAUGUUUUUUAAAAAAUUUAAAUGGAACACAGCAUUACGAUGGAGAUCGUUUUCCAGAGUGGGAGUUGUGGGUUUCAUAAGUAAGACAAUUAAAUGGCCUCAGAAUGUCGUGAAGUUACUUUUGGAUACCUAAGAUGUUUAGUUAAACCACAAAGUCCAGAAACAUGAGAACUGUUCUGAAACCUGUUGCAUUAGACUCAAGCGGUCAACAGUCAUUUCCCCCCCGAGGAACAGUAUGUUCUCGUUUCCUAUUGUUUGUUGUUUUUUUCAGCCUGUUGCACAUUUGUUAUUCAAAGUAGUAAAAAAGGUGCUAUAGGCUAAUAAGCUGGAUAUCACUUUAUAUUUGGAGAGAUUUCCCUUGGUUGUGUUAAAAGUUUCUUGAAAAGUGGGCAUUUAUCAGAGAAAUGAUCGUUCUGUGUCGCUACGUUUGUUGCAUUGUCUGUGUUGUUUUUUCCGACGGCUAGAACUCCUCCUGUCCUUUCCCAGCCACACUACACGGUUUGCAGCUCGACCAGAUUUUUGGUUUCUCUUCAGUAUUGCUGGAAAUCUGCGUCCAUCGGACUAAAACCUCCAUGAAACCUCAAGACAAAUACUUGAAGUUAUUUAAACCUUUCGCAGAAUCUUUAUGUUCUUUCUUGCUCUAGCCUUGCCAGUUACAUUGUACAUAACAAAUAUACUAUCAUUAUGCUAACUGGUUGUUUGUGCUAGACUCUGUAGCUUUUUCCAUUUAUGAGUUACUGCUAUCUGUACAUAAGCCUGUUUGUAAAUACUCCUCAGAGAAACAAAGAAAAAACACAAUGUAUGACAUGCCUUGGUUAUUGUGUUAUGUUUUUUCUUUUUUAUAAGUCUUAUAAAACUUUAAAGCUCUA